AUGAACUUGGCUGCCACCAGUCUUAGUGAGGGUUUCCUCCCUGGGUUUGAAAGGCCGUGCACAGCAUCAAAGAUGCACCGCUUCCAUGUGGUGGGGACAACAGGCCGUGGCUGUCCUGUGGAGAUGUCGCAGAGCAGCCUUGUGCCGCCUUCACCAAAGGUGGUGUCUGUCAGCUGUAAUCCAGUGGCCACAGUCCUGAGUGACUGCACCUCUGGAAAACCUUCAGUCUGUCCAUGCUGUAUUAAACACCUGCCUUUGUCGGCUUCCAGGUUCUCGCUAUUGUUGCUGGAUUUGGAGGAAUACUAUUUUGAACAGCACACAGCAUACCAAGUGACAAGCAAUUCAGCCAAGGAGAGGAAAAUUAGAGGGUCGUUUAAGGUCUGUUCCAGAUCUGUCAUUUUUGAUCCAGAUGACAUUGCAGAGCCAAUUUUAAAGAUCCUCCUACGUGACUGUAAGAAGAUUGAAUUUUUGGAGAGAGACAGUAACCCUUUCAAUGAGACAAAGCCGUCUGUCAUCUCUAUUGUAUGUGGUCAGGUGUUUUACAUCAAAGAAAGCAACAUCAUAACACCAUACCGAACUGAAAGGGGACAAAACAGAUUCACCUUUCAGCUGGAAAUUUGGAGCAAAACGGAAGAUGUUGUUCAAACUAUUCUUCAGCUACACAGGGCAUCCUGUCUGGUGAAGCUUGGAGACCAGACGGCAAUGAUUGCAGCCAAUUUGCAGUCAAGACUGGCAAGGUCAUCAUUUGACAAAAACUGCUUUCAGAAUGUUGUGGAGAAGCCUCACAUGGAGUGUGAAGCAGAGAUGGUCAUGCCUCUGGUGUGUAAUCCUGGACAUGUCUGCAUUACAGAUGCAUAUCUCUACUUCCAGCCAUUAAAUGGCUAUCCAGAACAGGUGAUUGAAAUCAAACUCAACAGAGUCAGGUGGAUUUACAAAAGGCGACAUGGACUCAAACCUCUGGGUCUUGAAGUGUUCUGCACUGAGAAUGACUUCUGCUCUGACAUCUACCUGAAGUUUUACAACACAGCAGAAAGAGAUGAGAUCUAUUAUUACAUUGCAACAUUUCUGGAGAACCACAUGACAGAGCACACUGCAGAGAGUUACAUGCUGCAGUGGCAGCGUGGCCAUCUCAGUAACUACCAGUAUCUUCUCCAUCUCAACAACCUGGCAGAUCGCAGCUGUAAUGACCUCUCCCAGUAUCCUGUCUUCCCGUGGGUCAUUGCAGACUACACCAGUGCACAGCUGGAUUUGACAAACGCUGCAACCUUCAGAGACCUGAGCAAACCUGUGGGAGCCUUAAACAAAGAGCGACUGGACGGUUUGUUGGCCCGUUACAGAGGCAUGCCUGAACCUCGCUUCAUGUAUGGCAGUCACUACUCAUCUCCAGGCUACGUACUGUUUUACCUGGUUAGAGUUGCUCCAGAGCACAUGUUGUGUCUUCACAAUGGUCGCUACGACCAUGCUGAUCGAAUGUUUAAUAGCAUAGGUGAAACGUGGAAAAACUGCUUAGAAGGUGCCACAGACUUCAAAGAGUUGAUUCCAGAGUUUUAUGGGAAUGAUUCCAGUUUCCUUGAAAACAAACUGGGUAUUGACUUGGGCAGAAGGCAGAAUGGAAGCUCAGUCGGUGAUGUCAUUCUGCCACCUUGGGCCUCAGACACUAGUGAUUUUCUUCAGAAGAACAGGUUGGCACUGGAGAGUCAGUAUGUGUCUGAGCACCUUCAUGAGUGGAUUGACUUGGUUUUUGGCUUUAAGCAGAGAGGAAGUGAAGCUGUAGCUGCCCAUAAUGUGUUUCACCCCCUGACCUAUGAAGGUGGCAUUGACUGUGACAGUAUUGAGGAUCCUGACCAGAGAAUCGCCAUGCUGACUCAGAUUUUGGAGUUUGGACAGACACCCAAGCAGCUGUUCACCGGCCCCCACCCUCAGAGGAUCACACCCCGGUUCCACAACAUCACCCAAAGCCACAGCAUCAGCACACCUGAUGAACUGUCUCCAGCUUCACCGAGUGAGGAAUCUUUUGAAGACUUGACAGAGGAGAGCAGGAAGUUAGGCUGGACAAACAUGGGAAAUCUUAAAAUCGUCUCCGGCCACAAAAUCCACAAAGAGGCCGUGACGGGCAUCACUGUGAACCGAGAUGCAACAGCUAUUUUCUCCACUUCCCAAGACUCGACCCUUAAAAUGUUUUCCAAAGAACUGAAGGAUUUUCAGAGAAGCAUGUCCUUCUCAAACAUGGCAUUAUCAUCAUGUUUGAUGCUGCCAGAUGGAAAAACUGUGGUUUGUUCUUCAUGGGAUAACAAUAUUUACUUUUACUCGGUCCCGUACGGCAGACGGCAGGACACACUGAUGGGCCACGAUGACGCUGUGAGCGAGAUGUGUUGGUUUGACGAGCGGCUUUACACAGCAUCCUGGGAUUCCACUGUCAAGGUGUGGCAGUGUUCUUCUGAUGGUAAAUCCAGUCACAGGAGAUCCCAUUUUGAGCUGCUGGCUGAGUUAGAACAUGAUGCCGGAGUCAACACUGUUGCUUUGAGUCCAGCUGGGACGCUGCUGGUAUCUGGUUGUAAAGAUGGAAUCAUCACCAUAUGGGACACUAGCAGCUAUGGAAUACUGCAGCAAGUCUGCUGUCACAAAGGAACCAUUCACCAAGCUGCUUUCAGUCCCGAUAGCCGACACAUUCUCAGCAUCAGUACUGACUGCUUCAUGAAGGUAACAGACGUCCAGACGGGGAUGGUGAUCUCUUCGGUGAAAGCUGAGGAGGAGCAGAGGUGUUUCUGUUGGGACGGGAACUCGGUCCUGUGUGGGGGUCAGUUUGGUAACCUUCUUUUGUGGGACCUCCUCAACAACAGCAUCACUAACAAGAUCCCUGGACACUCUGGUGCUGUCACAGCCAUGUGGAUGAAUGAGCUGUGCACCACAGUAAUCACAGGAGGCGAGGACAGACAAAUUGUCUUCUGGAAAGUCACUUGUUAAAGAACCAUCCACAUAGAGACUUUGCAGUACAAUAUGCUGGAACUCAUGGG